GUGUGCGUCCGUGCGUCAGUCGGUGUCGCGAGUGUAUGGUGCGUGUGCGUGGACAUGUGUAGCAAUACUAAAUAAACGUGAGAUGCUGGAGAGAGAGGAAGUAUAAUAAGUGAAGGAGAUAAAGUAACGAUGGUUUUCAAGUGGUUCGUGGUGGUGCUGACCCUGGUGCCGAUGGUGGCACACGGAGGGAACGAAGCCUUCCUGAAGAUGUUCGCGGCGCAGCAAACGCCGAUAGACCCGUGCUACGACGAGGACCGACCUAGGCGAUGCAUCCCGGACUUUGUGAACGCCGCGUUCGGCAGCCCUGUGGAGGCGUCUAGCACUUGCGGCACGUUCGGACCUUCCCGCUACUGCGAUAUCCCGGACAGUGUGUGUCACAUGUGUGACGACUCUCAGCCCAAGCGACGACACCCACCGUCCUACCUGACGGACCUUAACAACCCCAACAACAUCACCUGCUGGAGGUCGGAGCCCAUCGUCGCCCCCGCCUCCUACAACAGUCCCCCGGACAACGUCACCCUCACACUGUCUCUAGGCAAGAAGUACGAGCUGACCUACGUCAGUCUGCAGUUCUGUCCGCGCGCCGCCAAACCGGACUCCAUCGCGAUCUACAAGAGCAUGGACUACGGCAAGACCUGGCAACCCUUCCAGUUCUACUCCGGCCAGUGUCGGAGAGUUUACGGCAGACCCAACAGAGCCACUAUCACCAAAGCCAACGAGCAAGAAGCUCUGUGCACGGACUCCCAUAGGUUCAACGGUGACGGAGCUGGAGGUCCUAUCGCGUCCAGGAUCGCCUUCAGCACGCUGGAGGGUCGUCCCAGCGCCGCGGACUUUGACACCUCCCCCGUGCUACAAGACUGGGUAACCGCCACUGACAUCAAGGUAGUCUUCAACCGUCUCCACUUCCCUUCCAUCAUGGAAGAGGAAGAUGACACCAUAUCCAUCGUCGACCUGGAGAAAGAUCCCAAGAAAGAUUUGGAAGACGUGAACAAAAUCACCAACGGACCCGUUCCUCCGAAGGUCGAGCUGAAUCCUUCACAGGACCUCCAGAACGAACCUCUGCCCGCGGACAGUCCCUCAGGGAUGGUGCUCAACUCUCUGAUGACGACCACCUCCACCACCAUGUCCUACCACUACGCCGUGUCGGACUUCGCUGUGGGAGGAAGGUGCAAGUGUAACGGACAUGCCUCCAAGUGUGUCCCCGGGCCGUCGGGACUGUUGACUUGCGACUGUAAACACAACACUGCAGGAAGAGACUGUGAGAGAUGCAAACCCUUCCACUUCGACAGACCCUGGGGCCGAGCCACCGCUAGGGACGCCAACGAGUGCAAAGCAUGCAACUGUAACGGCCACGCCCGCAGAUGCCGUUUUAACAUGGAGCUGUACAAGCUAAGCGGUCGAGUCAGUGGCGGGGUUUGCCUCAAGUGUAGACACUUCACCGCAGGAAGGCACUGCCACUACUGCAAGGAGGGAUAUUACCGUGACCCAACCAAGCCCAUCACACACCGCAAAGCCUGUAAAGCCUGCGACUGUCAUCCAAUCGGAGCCUCGGGCAAGACCUGUAACCAGACCUCGGGCCAGUGUCCAUGCAAGGAUGGAGUCACUGGUAUCACCUGCAACCGCUGUGCCAAAGGAUACCAGCAGAGUCGCUCUCACAUCGCACCAUGCAUCAAAAUUCCAAGAAUGCCUAUCAACCAGAUGUCGGCGGACGCUGGGGAAGACAACGGCCAAGGGGAUACCUCGCCAGCCAGAGAUGAAUGUGGCAAGUGCCGAGCUGGCACGAGGAGGCUCAACCUCAACAAAUACUGCAAGAGAGAUUAUGCCAUCUUGGGUAAGGUGGUUGAGCGAGAGACUGUCGAUGACUGGGUCAAGUUCUCGCUGACGAUUCAGUCAGUGUUCAAGAGGGCGCGAGACUCCAGACUGCGUCGUACCUCCACUUUCCUGUGGGUCCCACUCAAGGAUCUGGCCUGCAAAUGUCCCAAGAUCAAAACUAACAAGUCCUACCUGAUUCUUGGCAAAGAGAAGGAGGGAGAACACACCGGCCUGACGAUCACCCAGAGAUCCAUCGUCAUAGAGUGGAAGGAGGAAUGGAACAACCGCAUGAGGAGGUUCCAACGACGCUCUCGUCAGUGCAAAUAAGCGAACUGUUGUUAGUUGGUUGUCGAUGUUUGAAUCACUGUCAAUCUCCGCGGGGAUUACGAGAGUGAAAACGUAGGUUCUGUUUGUACAAGGUGUUAGCUGAACUGAGGGAUAUAGAUGGUUUUUAGUUGGAACAGCCAAAGUAUUAGUUCAACUUUUUUCAGCCUAAGCAUGAUCAAUCUUAUGUUUUUAAAGAUUUUAAUUGUAAAUUGAAUUGUAAUUUUUUAUGUGAUUAACUAAGACUUGGGUAACAAUUUUGAUGGGUUUGAUGAUAAAAUAUAGUUAUAUUUACUGAUAACAAUGUAUUAGUUACGUGUCAUAUUUAUGUCAGGACGUUUCAUAAACGUUUCUUAAAAUAUGGAUACAAUUUUUUAUUGCUCCUGUAUUUAUUUAAAACAAGAUUAUACUAGCUGUGUCUAGCUGGGAAAAUUAAAUUUUUUCUUUUAAAACAAAAUUGUGAGUAAAAUAAGGUUUAUUUUUAUAUGUUUUUAAAUGUUUUGACGUAAAAAAAAUAAGAACAGUAUUGAUUUAUUUUUAGAACACAGAUUAAUUUAGCUGGUAAUAUAAGUUAAUUUUAUUUAUAUUUAUCCAUGUAUUGAGUCAUUUUAUAUUCAACAAAAGUCACAAAUCAGCAUCCCCAUAGGUAUCUUAUUAUGUAGUUUGGCUUAGGACUGAACAGUAUUUCCAAAAGUGUUUGGGGUGAGUGAUAAAAAAAUAAUCUGUACUUUGCAUAAUGUUAUGAGUGGAAGAACACACGUUUUAUCACUAUUUGACCGGUUUUGUCAAAUUACUUAUAAAAACUAUUAAAGGUUGUGCCAAUUUAGAAUCAUUUGAUGUCCCAUGGUUGUGUCUAUGUUAGGUUUAACAUAUUUUUGCUACAUGAUGCUUGACAAAUGUGGUUUUGGAGUUUCAAAAUGUUUUCACCAUAUUUUCUGUCAUAAACUAUCUUUUAACAUAUCAUAAAAUUUGAAAGUUUCCAGCUAACAUAUCAACGUUUCCAUUGCCAAAAACAAUUUUUAUCACUUCAAGAAAGUUUUUGAAAAUUCCAUAUUAUUUUUUACAAAGUGAAUUUUCCAUCUAACUUCUCUUAAAUAAAGUCCAAGCAAAUUUUCAAUUGUUGAGUUUUAAAGGCUGAAAAUAACCACUGCAGAGUUUUUGCGUAUGAUUGUAAUUAUUGAAUGUAUCAUAUUAACAGACUGAGUAUAUAAUUUGCCAUAGCUUUAAUAUAUUAGGUGAAGCUAGUUAGGUAGAGGAAGGGAUUUACCUUUUCCUAAGGCAUUAAUGUUCUUGUACAUUAUCGUUUAUCUGUAGUCAGUUGGAUGAACUGAGCCAAAGAGUUUGAGCCGUAAAUAUAUUACAAGAAUGAAAAAUUAUAGCCGAUUUAUUGAAAAAUUUGAAUAAAAAGCCUGACUGUUCUCAAUGAAUAAACGAUUUAUGAAAUGUACUAAGCAGUGAACAAAAUUAUACAGGUUGUAAAGUAAUAUAUUUACGGCUACACGUGUUGAAUCAAGUUUUCACUUAGAAACUCCUUACCAGAUUGUGUAUAUUUUAUUCUUACUGGAAUAUUAUUUUUCAUUGUCAACCGCUUAUUUGUUAAGGUUUCAAAGUUUUCAAAAUUUUUAUUCAUUUGAGAAUCUCCUUUUAAAAAUAUUCCACUUGACUAAAUACCAUAAUAGCAAAAUGGAAUCACAAUUUUAAACUAGUGAUAUGUAUAAUUGGUUGUCCAUAACUUAUUUAUCUGUCUAAUUUUCCAGUAUCCUUGCACCUGUAUUUAGCUUUACAGUGGAUAAGAACAUGUUUGUAUAAUUUAGGUUAAGGUUUAUUGUACAUUACUUCUUGAUUUUGUAUAUUUUCUCAAAUGUUUAGCAUGUAAUUAAAUUACUACUUAGAAUUUCUUCUGUAGCUGUUUAGCUAGUUCCUAAAGACAUUUAUUACAGAUUAUUAUUUAUUACCCGUUUAUAUCCUAACAGUUAAUGUGGACUUUAAAUGGUGAUAAUUUCAAACAAAUUUAUAACUGUUACUAAAUAAAUAGUGCACAAUAUAUUCAACUGGUUUUUAAUUUACAAAUAUUAUAUUGGUUACGUUUAAACUUUUUAACAAAGCUUUUGAAAUUUUGUUCAUCUGAAUGGUUGUAGAGAUUAUUAUUUGAAAUGGUUUUUAGAUUGUUACUUAAUUUAUUACAGUAGAUGCCAGGAAUCUGCUUCCAGUGUAUUAGCAAUAUUAGAGUCUCUAUGUCUAAAUGUAUGUGUGUAUUGUAUAUUAUGUCCUUAAUUUAUUCACACUAACUCGUGUAACAUUAUUUACAUGUUUUUACGAUAUUGUAGAUGUAAUAUAUUAUAUAAUAAAUGUUUAACUAAG